AUGACGACCAAAGCUCGCUUAACACCCAAUCCAACGAAUCUGAUGAUUCAUGGAUUCUGCAACCCGAUGCUCACCCGUGCUAGCUCCUUUGAAGAUAAAUCACAAUCGGCUACAACACCAAAAGACCCAGAGAUCCCUAGUCGGAACAUUCAAAUUUCAAAUGGUGGCACUGCAACUGAGCAGCUUAUCUGCCCUACCCAAAGACCGUCCAAAUUGAAGACAAUUGGUCAGGGUAAGAAGCCGUUCGUCGUGCCCUUACAUUUUCGUGGCGACAUGGAGCCACCACCGCCAAAUCCCGACUGCACCAUCCUCGUUGAAUCGCAUGCUGUCGAUCCCUCUCUCUACGGGCGCAGCUCGAUCGAUACCGAGACUCAGUGGAAAAUCAGAUACAAGGCGGUCGCGGCACGAAAAGUUCAUAAAGUAAUAAGAACUACACAUACUGAAUUACCAACGGUAUUUCUUAUGGAGCUUUUCUUCCGGUUGCUAAUCAGCUUCAUCUAUGCAGCGAUUCGACAGGCUUUCACGUUCUUCAACACUUGUGGCGCGGAGUGGGUUUUUGGCGGCCACGUUCACGACUCAUCCAUAGGUACUAGCGGAGGAUUGUUGAGGCCUCACACGCCUCUCAUUGCAACUCAAGACCGGAAGAACGGUUUGCCGUGGCAGUGGCUUUUUUACAUCUCUCGGCCUAUACAUAAGAUGCGAUGGCGGGAUGGGAUGGCAGAGUUACAAUUUCGGGACAAGAUCAUCGCCUUUUUACAGGAUGGGAGAACUUGGCAAGGCAUCGGCGUUGGGCCUGGAUCGGGGCCGCAGUCUUGGGGUAGUGGUGUGCGGAGGCUCAACAACUCAUUGGAAGGGAACAGAACUGCGAGUGUCCCUUGUCCAGUCACAAACGGGAGGCUGGCUAGGGCGAGGGAAAUGGGGUUGCUCCACCUGAAGGAAUCGCCUUUGACAAAAGCAGAGUCGCUUGCGACAUUCUGCAGCAAGCAGGGGUUCUCUGCCUUAGUGUCUCUAUUCUUGGGUCGCCUCUUUCACAAAUUCAAAGUUUGUGCCGAACUUCGCCAUCAGUCUGCGCUUAUGGUGAUGAAGAUAUGGUCAUGA